GAUCCGAUUUACGCAAAUUCGGUGUUACGAAGGCCUGGCGCUGACGGAUGCUGACCUGAUCUGAGUACACUGGGCCCGGGACGAACCAUCUGUGCCCGCGGAGGGGGUGGUGGGUCAGCUCCGUUCAGAGUCACGACCAGGACGGCGGGGGCUCGGAAGCAGCCCACACUGCGGUUCUGUCACACAAGGUGGCCGAAAAAAGGUGGCUUUGCCAGGGUGCGACUGGAGCUUCGGGCGGGGGUGGACUCGGCUGCAAAAGCGGAGGCCCCCCUCCCUUUCCCCGACGAUUUCCCACCUAGGCGGUGGCAAGGAGGUACACGCGACCUGGGGGAACCGGGGGUCGGGCUGGGAGGCCAUGUCCGGUCCGAGGGGGUGGGGGUGGCGGGGUACCGACCUCUCCCGGCCGGACCGCCCCCUCGGUCCUACGCGGCGCGCGCGGGGUCGUUCCGGGCGGGGAUGCCCGGCCUCGUCGCCGACUCUGCGCCUCUCACAGCGCUCAGACCUCUCCCGACCGCGUUUCCCGUUCCCGGUCGCAUGGCGGAAAGGAAACUGGUGGUCGUGUUUGGAGCCACUGGUGCCCAGGGAGGCUCAGUGGCCCAGACGCUUCUGGAAGAUGGGACGUUCAGGGUCCGAGUGGUGACCCGGAACCCUAGGCAGAGGGCGGCGAAGGAGCUGAGGCUGCAAGGUGCAGAAGUAGUGCAGGGAGACCAGGAUGACGAGGCCAGCAUGGAGGGGGCCUUGACCGGGGCACACGCCGCCUUCAUCGUGACCAACUACUGGGAGAACUGCAGCCAGGAGCAGGAGGUCAAGCAGGGGAAGCUGCUGGCCGACCUGGCCAAGCGCCUGGGCCUCCGCUACGUGGUCUACAGCGGCCUGGAGAACGUGAAGAAGCUGACGGCGGGGAGGCUGGCGGCGGGCCACUUUGACGGCAAAGGGGAGGUGGAGGAGUAUUUCCGGGACAUCGGUGUUCCCAUGACCAGCGUGCGGCUGCCCUGCUAUUUCGAGAACCUCCUCUCGGCCUUCCUGCCCCAGAAGGCCCCGGACGGAAAGAGCUACUUGCUGAGCUUGCCCAUGGGUGAUGUGCCCAUGGACGGCAUGUCGGUGACCGACCUGGGCCCCGUGGUGCUCAGCCUGCUGAAGAUGCCAGAAGAAUACGUGGGCCAGAACAUCGGGCUCAGUACCUGCAGGCACACGGUGGGGGAGUACGCCGCCCUGCUCUCCAGGCACACCAGGAAGACUGUGCGUGAUGCCAAGACCACCCCCGAGGACUUCGAGAAGCUUGGCUUCCCCGGUGCCCAAGACCUGGCCAACAUGUUCCGUUUCUAUACCCUGAAACCCGACCGCGACAUUGAACUGACCCUGAGGCUCAACCCCAAGGCCAGGACGCUGGAGCAGUGGCUGGAGCAGCACAAAGGGGACUUUGCCAGCCUGUGACCCUGCCACCUCUCAAGCCCGUCUGGGGGGGGGGAGGUGCAGUCACAGGGAUCCUUUCUUGUGUGAUCCAGAAGUUUAUUUUUUAAAUAAAGGCCGUUGUUCUCACAGA